CAAAUCACAAGGAGAGACUUUCACUUCCAUUUCUUUGCUAAUAAAACAUUACUCACUUCAUAUUUGCGGUGCAAAUCAUUUCAAUUGCACCAUUGAAGCAAACUCGUCAGAUGGAAGCUAUGAUGCUGAGUUCAUCAUCUCCACUCCAUCUAUCUCGCCCUCCAAAACCCCUUUUCUCUUCCCCUCUAUCCUUUCCUUCUCUCCUCAAAUUCAAGGGAAAUUCAAGACAUGGGGUUGUUCUACUUCCGGCGAUGUGCAUUCCAGGCCCAAUUCGAGACACCGAGAAGUCUGAAGAUGAAGAGGGGAUGCAAGUUUCAUCGUCUUCUUCGUCGCCGCCGUCUUUGAGCAUUUCUACAUAUAAUUGGUGUGCAGGACUUGGAGGAUUGGGGUUCUUGGAAACUGCUUACUUGACUUAUCUUAAGGUCUCCAAUACUGAGCCAUUUUGCCCUGUUGGUGGUGGGUCUUGCAGUGAUGUUCUUAAUAGUGAUUAUGCUGUGAUUUUAGGUGUUCCUCUUCCAUUAAUUGGCAUGACUGCCUAUGGGCUUAUCUUUCUCCUUGGUUUGAAGUUAGGAGGGUGGAAUGUGCCUCUCAAAAUAAGUCAAAGUGAUGGGCGUGUACUUUUACUUCCUGUCUCUGCUUCCAUGGCAGCUGCCAGUGCUUACUUUCUGUACACUCUGGCUACUAGACUUGAAGGAGCUUCAUGUUCAUAUUGUUUGGCAUCUGCUACAUUGUCAUUUAGUUUGUUUUUCAUCGUUUUAAAGGAUUUUGGACUGAAAGAGCUACAAAAAGUUGUCGCUCUGCCAUUAUGUACAGCUGCUAUUGUGCUUGGAAUACUAAACACCACAUACAGUUCACUACCUCCAAUAUCGCCAAGAUCAGAAGUCAUGGAGUUUCCUUAUUAUACAACAGAGAUUACUUCAGCAUCAAGUCCAUAUGCAAUUUCACUUGCAAAACAUCUCAAAUCUACAGGGGCAAAAAUGUAUGGGGCAUUUUGGUGUUCACACUGUCAAGAACAAAAGGAGAUGUUUGGACGUGAGGCAAUGAAGCUGUUAGAUUAUGUGGAAUGCUUCCCUGAUGGUGUUAAGAAAGGAAUUAAGAUUGCUUCAGCUUGUAGUGAUGUUGGAAUUGAAGGAUUUCCUACUUGGCUUAUUAAUGGCGAGGUAAUUAGUGGAGAAAAGACGCUUGAAGAACUUGCAGAAAUAUCCGAUUUCCAUUAUGACGCUGUAAAUCAACCUAAUUAAAAGUUAAAACCAUGGACUCCAAUGCUGUCCAAGCCUUGUUGGAUAGGAGUUCUUACUGUAAGGUUUGUACAAUAGUUGCACAGCACUUGCACUUAUUUAGGCUUAGUUACAUUUUUCAGAUCUUUAUCAUAUGAAUAGUUUAUGUAUGCUACAAGCAGUUCCUAUUACAAAAACGAGGAAAAUUUAAUCUUU